AUGUCGAGCACGAACUUUAUCCGCACUGCCAAGUGGUGUGCAGAUGGCUCCAGCUUCCUGGCGCAGUGCGAGGAUCACACGUUCCAGACAUUCUCGUUCAACUCACACGCGCCAAGCAACGACAACUCUUUGACCCAUGCAUCGACCUUUCCCCAACCAUCACCGAUCGUCGACUUCACCUGGUUUCCUGGUGCCUCAUCCCAGUACCCUCCUCUGUAUUGCUUCGUCGCAUCUGUCCGCGAGUGUCCUGUCAAGCUCCUUGAUGCAUCAACCGGUAGACUCAGAGCAUCCUACAAGAUCAUCGACCACCGCGAGCGCUUCAUCGCGCCCCACUCCAUGGUGUUCAAUAUGCAUGCUAACAAACUGUAUUGCGGCUUCGAGAGCGCGUAUGAAGUAUUUGAUGUACAUCAUCCAGGAGAAGGGGACCGUGUAAAGACGUCCCCUGAACGAAAGAGCCGUGACGGGAUGAAAGGUAUCGUAUCCGCCCUCGCUUUCGCUCCCACAUACGACGGUCUCUUCGCCGCUGGCACCCUCUCUCCAAGUACCCCGUUCACGCCGAACAUCGCAAUAUACAGCGAAGAAACUCUCGAGCCUGUUAUGUACCUCGGAGCAGACGAAGGUGGCGGAGUUACCCAGCUGGUGUUUAAUCCGCUCAAACCGCACCUCCUCUACGCCACCAUGCGUGGUCAACGAGCCGUGCACAUGUGGGAUCUGCGCAUGACGGGUAUAGCAGGCGGUGGCGCCCCGCUGCGGGUGUACGAGCACCGGCCGCAUGCUGGCCAAGAUCAGGGAAGCGACGAUGAGACGAUGAGAGCGUCAACGAACCAGAAGAUUCGGUUCGAUGUUGACCCGGGCGGACGGUGGCUUGCGUAUGGGGCUGAGGAUGGGAGCAUGUCGCUCUUUGAUCUACAUGAAGGCGACGCGACGGCUGCACGUGAGGGCGAGGAGGGGAACGAUCAGGAACCACAAGUCGUGCACCCGGCGCUCUCUUUUGGUGCCCAUCAAGAUGUCGCCUGUUCGACGUCCUUUCACCCAUCUCACCCAUUCCUCUUAUCGGCCAGCGGUUCCCGUCACUGGGGGAUUUCUCAAGGUCAAGACGCGGACACUUUGUCUAGCUCUUCGGAUGAUGACGAAGAGGACGACAGUGAAUUAAGAGGCACGCCCGACGUGUCGAAGCAAGGAUCGAGGCAGCAACCAAAAUUGUACGCGGGCAAACCAGUACCUCGAGACUCGUCCGUCAAAAUGUGGUAUUUGGGUGGGGCAGCAUCGUGAGCAAGUUAACCAGGAUCGAUACUCGCGCAAUCUAUGCUUUCUACUUGCAGGCGUCGAAGCCAGAUGUUGAGACACUACGAGAUUUUACCCAUGAGAGCAUGCGGUCUGUUUCGCGGCCAGCCGAUAACGCUCUAUGGUAAAAGUCCACAAGGAUGUAGAUGAAUACAGAUGAGUGGCUUGAGGUGCGAAAGCAAGCAGCGGGAGACUCAAACCUGGGCCUGAGCCCCACACGACGCACGCGGGAUCUCGGCAACAGCCGCGUUGACGAAAUUGUCCGUAAAUUGACCGACAGUGAUCAAUCACUCAUGCAUGAACAUAUCGCGCUGUGGCCAGAGGGAGUGAUGCAUCACGUCCCCGGCAGCGCUUGCAUAAAUAGGAAGUGGUCUCCACAAUUUUCUGCAUCUGCUUUUCCCGUCAACCUCGACGUCUCAACGCUUGCGAUGACCUCAGAGGCGGCCCUUCCC